UUGCACUGCGCGCAACUUCGCGUUAUUAAUACGAGCACUUCGUUGCGUUCGUCAAAGCAUCUGCCGUCAAGACUUUCGGCGCGAAGCACAAGAAUUUCACGUCAACCACUUCUUCACACCCGUAUACGUCCGGCAGCAUGGCAGAAUUCCUUGAGACGACCGCCGCCGUUGGAUCCGACGAGGAAGAAGAGGAGUUCGACGAAGAGACGGGCGAAGUCAUCUCAUCUGGCAAGCAGAAGGGAACCAAUGCUGUGGAUCUGGACGACUCCAGUGAGGAAGAUGACGAUGAUGAUGACGAGGAAGCGCAGCGCAUUCGCGAAGGCUUCAUCGUGGACGAGGAUGAGGAUGAGGACGUUGAGACUCAGCAGGAGCGUAAGAGGCAGCGUAAGAAGAGGAGACGCGAGCAGCGCGAAGAGGAAGAAGAGCUGGACGAGGAGGAUCUGGAUUUGAUAGGAGAGACCAUGCCCGGAGAGCGACGUCAGCCAGAGCAGCAGAGCAAGUUCAAGCGCCUGAAGCGUGGCCAUCGGGACGCCCGAGAAGCCAGCGUCUCUCGAGGCGUGGAAGACAUCUUCUCCGAUGAAGAAGAUGGCGAUGCUGACAUGGGCGCUCCGCGUCGCGCCUUUGGCGGCUACGACGACGAGAUGGAUGGCUUCAUCGAGCAAGAUGAGUUUCCGGAUGAAGACGGGGGGCAGAUGGACGAGGACAUGGGAGUUCGCGCACCACGCAAGGCAGGCAUGCCCGACUUCAACAAUCUCAAGAACUCUGGGCUUGGCGAAGCAGAGCUUGAGGAUAUGCUGAAUGCCUUUGGCAACGGCGAGGAGUUUAUCUGGGCACUUGAGGCUGAAAAGGCAAUCAACGAAGAGUCGGCGGAUCCGGACAAACCCUUGGAAUUGAAGGAUGUCUUCGAGCCUAGUCAGCUCGAAGAACGUAUGCUUACUGACAGGGACAACGAGAUCCGCCUUAAUGAUGUACCGGAGCGAUUUCAGCUGGCACGUGCUCCUUACAAGGAUACCAAUGAGUUGUCUGAUGAGCAGCUUGCUGUUCGCAAUGACGAGGAAGCCAGCUGGAUCUCAAGCAUCCUUUUCCCGAGAAAGCGCAUGGACCCCGGUCUACGAGGACCGUUUGAGACCGCCGUCAAGCAAGUCUUGCAGUUCAUGAAUGUAGAAGACCUCGAGCCAGCCUUCAUCGUUCAGAAUCGCAAAGAUUACCUCAUUCACUCUGAACAGGUGCCUAAUGACGACCCGAACGGCCCUCCCUUCGUCAUCAAGGCAGAGAAGUUACUCAAUCAAACCGAUCUGUGGGACGUGCUUGAGCAGGAUCUCAAAUAUCGUGCCUUUGCAGAGAGGCGAGACGCCAUUCAAAAGAAUGUCGAGCUGCUCAAGGAGAUCGAGACUGAUUUCAAUGAUGAGAUUUUCAACGAUCUGAUUCCUCUCGCCGCACAACUUGAUGAUCUCCAGGAUUUGCAAGAUUACCUCAACUUCCAAUAUUCCAUUCAACUCAAGGACUUGAGCAUUGCUGAGGCAGAAACCAAUGGAACACAAAAGAGGGCACGCGGCACUCGUAGUCUCUGGGACAAGGUUCGCUCAGGACCAGCAUACCAUCUUGUGCGAGCAUUCGGAAUUACAGCAGACGCCAUCGCGCAGAACGCUGAAAACCAGGCUGUUGGCCGGCGGAGAUAUACCGAGGAUCCGGAUCAAUCUCCGGAGGACAUCGCGGACACGUUGAUUCGGGAUCCAGAUUACAAGACCGGCGAAGACGUGCUCGCCGCCGCAAAGGCCAUGUUUGUCGAGGAAAUCGUUAUGAGUCCACGGAUGAGAAGACAUAUGCGUAAGAUCUACUACGAGAACUUAGUCUUCGACUGCUUCCGGACGGAGAAAGGCCUCAAGCAGAUAAACGAGGAGCACCCAUACUAUGAGUUCAAAUAUCUUCGCAAUCAGGAGGUCCGGUACUUCUUGGUCGAGAAGCCUGAGUUGUUUUUGCGUAUGCUAAAGGCCGAAGCAGAUGGCCUUGUGGAAGUACGCGUCAAACUUCGUGGCGAGAAGCGCAUCAAGCUAGACCUGCAGAAGACUAUUGAAUCUGACAAUUUCUCUGCGGUGGCUGAUGCCUGGAAUGCAUUGCGCAGAGAGGUCUUGGACACGGCUGUGUCUAAGAUGCACCGCAUAAUCUCCAAAGGUGUGAAGGAUAACUUGAAGAACGAAUGCGAGAACAAGAUCGGCAGCUACUGCCGAGACAGCUUCACGCAAAAGCUCGAUCAGGCACCUUAUAAGCCUAAAGGAAUGGAACUCGGCACUCACGCUCGCGUGCUAGCGCUGUCGAACGGAGCUGGAAAUCGUGGCGACGCGAUCUGCUGGGCAUAUGUCGACGAGAACGGCGCGGUGAAGGAGAACGGCAAGUUUGCGGAUCUUCGACCUGGUAAUGAAGAGAAGUACAUUCCCGAUGGCAAGGAUAUUGCGAGCUUCAAGGAGGUCGUUCAACGCAGAAGGCCAGAUGUAAUUGCGGUCUCUGGAUGGUCUGUGGAGACCUACAAGCUCUAUCAGGACUUGAAGGACAUUGUCAGGAAACACGAGCUCCACGGCGCGGCUUACGAAGAUCCGGACGAGGACAGAGAAGUGACUGAUCCUUUGGAGGUCAUCAUUCCACAAGACGAGGUUGCUCGUCUAUAUUGGACAUCAGAUCGCUCGGCCGUGGAACAUCCAGGAGUUCCACCACUUACCCGGUACUGUAUCGCUCUCGCACUCUACAUGCAGAAUCCUAUGAAGCAGUACGCGGCGCUCAAAAAGGACAUUACAUCGAUCACUUUUGAUCCAAACCAAAACCUCCUACCCGAGGACAAGCUGCGACGGUAUCUUGAGACUGCAAUGGUGGAUAUUGUCAAUCUCGUUGGCGUGGACGUCAACGAAGCAGUUCACGAUAGUUACACAGCCAACUUGCUUCCCUAUGUGUGUGGUCUUGGUCCCCGAAAGGCCGACAACCUCAUCAAGGCUGUUACUGUUAACGGAGGCGAAGUUGCUAACCGAGCAGAUCUCGUUGGCGAUCUGGACCGGCAGUUGCGCCCAGCGGUGGGACCCAAAAUUUGGACCAACUGUGGAAGUUUCUUGUACAUAACAUGGGAGGACGACCCAGAGUCCGACUAUCUUGACAACACCAGAAUACAUCCAGAGGACUACGAAAUAGCUCGAAAGAUGGCGGCUGAUGCGCUGGAGCUCGACGAAGAAGAUAUUAAGGCCGAGCAGGAUGACAACGGAAUGGGUGCCGUUGUCCGGCGACUCAUCAAAGAGGAGCAGCAAGACAAGGUCAACGACCUCGUGCUGGAGCAAUAUGCAAAGCAGCUCGAGGAAAAGUUCCAUCACAAAAAGCGAGCCACUCUGGAGACGAUCCGCGCCGAGCUCCAGAAUCCCUACGAAGAACUCAGGCGCAAUUUCAACUCACUCACUACUGAUGAGCUCUUCACACAGCUUACGGGAGAAACGAGGGAGUCUCUCACAGACGGUAUGAUGGUUUCUGUGUCGGUCAAACGUACAUUUCCCGAUCAUAUCGAAGUCAAGCUCGAAUGCGGCAUUGACGGCGGCAUCUCCGAGACUGAGUACCCAGAGGAGAUGGUUCGUCAGGCGAUCGAGCCUCGUCGCAUGUGGUCCAUGCAUCAAGUCAUUCAAGCCAAGCUCAGUUUCGUCGAUCGCAAGAAGUUCACGGCCCAGCUCACGUUGCGUGAGUCGGAGAUGCGCAAGCCAUUUCGCCGCAAUUUCGAUCACGGACUCGAGGAGUGGGAUGACAUGCAAGAGGAGCAAGAUCAAAAGGUGGCGAAGAAGGCGAUUGAGAGCAAAACCGGACGGCAGCAGAGAGUCAUCAAGCACCCUCUGUUCCGACCCUUCAACUCCACCCAAGCCAUUGAGGCUUUGCAGACGCAGAACCGCGGAGACUGCAUCAUUCGCCCCUCGUCUAAGGGACCGGACCAUCUUGCGGUGACGUGGAAGAUCGCCGAUGGGGUCUAUCAGCACAUUGAUGUGCUGGAACUGGACAAGGAGAACGAGUUCAGUGUUGGCAGAACCCUCAAGGUCGGCAAGUACAGUUAUUCCGAUCUUGAUGAGUUGAUUGUCUUGCAUGUUCAGGCGAUGGCGAAGAAAGUGGACGAGAUGACUAAUGACGAGCGUUUCCAGAACGGGACCAAAGAGCAGACAGAACAAUGGUUGACCACAUAUACCGAAGCGAACCCCAAGCGCUCGAUGUAUGCGUUUUGCUUGAAUCGGUCAUAUCCUGGCUACUUCUAUCUGUGCUUCAAGGCGGGUUACGCUGCUCCUCCGGCCCAUUGGGCGGUGAAGGUCAUUCCGCAGGGCUUCGAGCUCCGGAACAAUAAGUAUCCUGACGUGAGAGCAUUGAAGAACGGCUUCAAGUUGAUCAUGUCGAACAUGGCCACGCAGAAUGGCGGUCGGCGAUAGCAAGGACGGAGGAAGGAGGCCGAGUAAGAAACGAAACGACAUUGGGGGGGAACGUUGAGCUGGGGGCAGGAGGACCGCAGGCAAUAUCACCAGAAUAAAACAGCAUGGCGCACAGGAUGAGCGCGAGCCUGGUUGUCUCACUACAUGUACCUUAGCUAGUACCUACAUGUACUCUCGUCGGCAGAAAGUACCGAACAAAAGCUGAAAUUCGC